AUGGAGGAUCUAAAACUUAGAAAAGAACAAUUCGUUUCAGGUCUCACUGGCAGCUCAAUCCAAGAAAUCAAUGCCGUCGCCUCUGUAGCCCUCUGCGGUUACGUAUGUUGGAGUCUUCUAAGGUCUACAGUAGCAGACGGCAAAGUAAUGCUACUAGCUGACUUUUUUUUCAAUUGGUGUGCCAUUUUAUUAUCAAUUACUACUUAUGCCGAUAAUCCGCUUGCUCUAAACCUUCUUUUGGUAGUUCCGCCGCUUCUACUCUGGCUGUGCGUACGUCCCACUAGAAGCCAAAGGGAUAUCUCUCGGAAUUCAUUACAGAAAGCUGAAUUCAAAUUAAUGAGGCAUCCGUUUAUUACAGCAUAUCGCGGGAGUAUGAUGAUCGUCACAGCCUUAGCCAUACUAGCUGUUGAUUUUCGCAUUUUCCCUCGCAGGUUCGCCAAAGUUGAAACCUGGGGCACCUCUCUCAUGGACCUUGGUGUGGGGUCAUUUGUGUUUAGUGGUGGACUUGUCUCUUCGAGAGCGCUUUUACAGAAUAAGCUAAGUGGAGGGAGGGUUUCAGCAUUGAAAAAGAUUAUUCAUGCUUUGAGAUCAAGCGGCACUAUUCUUUUGCUGGGUCUACUUCGGCUUUAUUUUGUCAAGAAUUUAGAAUACCAGGAGCAUGUCACUGAAUAUGGUGUACACUGGAAUUUCUUCAUCACGCUUUCCCUGCUCCCUAUGGCCAUGAUACCUAUCGAUGCAAUUGCAGAGUAUAUUCCUCGUGUUGCCAUUGCCUUGGUGAUAUCUACUGUUUAUGAACUUUUUAUGGUAUUCAACAAGGACUUACUUACUUUCUUGAUAAGCGGCCCCCGAGAAACGUUUGUUGGUGCUAAUAGGGAAGGAAUUUUCUCUUUUGUUGGAUACUGCGCCAUCUUUUUAUGGGGCCAAUCGACCGGAUUUUAUACCCUGGGCAAUGUUGCGACCAAAAACAAUUUGCUAAAACCAUCGGUCCAGCCAAUUAAGAACCUUAAUAAUAUUGGCACCUGGGAAAAGCUUGCUUCCAAAGGACCUCUCUGUGGGUUGCUCACCUGGUCUUUUAUAACCUUGUCUGCGACUCAAAUUGUUUUUGCGUGGCAUCCAUUUAACGUUUCAAGAAGGUUUGCAAAUUUGCCUUAUGUUUUAUGGGUGGUGUCUUUCAAUCUCGGCGCUCUUUCUCUAUUUUGCUUAGUGGACAAAGUUUUCGAAAACUCUGCAAUCGGAUCUCAAACAUCAGUAUCGCUAGAAGCGAUGAACUCUAAUGGACUAUUUCUCUUUUUGCUUGCAAACGUUACCACUGGGCUCGUCAACAUGAUAAUGCCUACAAUUGACAUUGCUCCGGUUGAAGCAUUUUCUAUCCUCUUCCUUUACGCAUCGUUCCUUGCUUCCGUAUCUAUCUUUAUGUUGAAAAAGAGGAUUUUUAUAAAACUUUAA